AUGGACCACCAACCCACCCCCAGGAGUUGCAGCCGGGGGCCCCCAGCCUGCGAAGCCGUCCAGAGCGACCCUUCCAUGAAUGUUCACAUCCACACGACCACCGGGGCCCGGUAUGAGCUCUCUGUCCCCUUGGAAGAGACGGUGGAAGGUCUGAAAAGGCGGCUCUCCCAAAGGCUGAAGGUGCCGAAGGAAAGACUGGCUCUGCUGCACAAAGAAAGUCACCUUAAUUCGGGCAAGCUGCAAGAUCUGGGGGUCGCGGAAGGAAGCAAGUUGACUUUGGUACCGACAGUGGAAGCAGGCUUGAUGUCUCAAGCAUCCAGGCCCGAACAGUCCGUAAUGCAGGCUUUGGAAAGCUUAACAGAAACUCAGGUAAAUGACUUCCUCUCAGGAAGGUCUCCCCUGACUCUCGCCCUGCGCGUCGGGGACCACAUGAUGUUCGUCCAGCUGCAGCUGGCAGCGCAGCAGAACGGCGGCCAAGUCCAGCACCGCCACGUGAUCGCCAGCCGCGGAGAGCCAGCCGGCGGGGGAACGGCCACGACGCCGGUGCCGGUUGCCAGCCCGGCCGCCUCCAAUUGCCGCACAUUCCACGGAGGCAGCGGCAGCAGCCCCGCAUCCGGUUUUGCCCGGGUCCCUGUGGUGCCCACUUGCCAGCAGAGCCCAGCCUCGAGUCCCGCUGCCCCUUCGUCGUCGGCUCAGGCCACGCCUAUGUACUGUAACGCUGCCCACCCCACUCCGGUCACGGCAGGCAUGUUCCGGUCACACGGGGCCAGCGCGCAAGCGGUCAGCAGCAGCGGCGUUGUCUCCUCGUGUUCCGAGGUGGACUGCACGGCGCGAAGUAAUGGCUUGCCUGGUACUGGCCCGGCCCAGCGUUCCCGCAAACCCGGCGCCGUGAUUGAAAGCUUUGUUAACCACGCCCCAGGGGUCUUCUCGGGAACUUUCUCCGGCACUUUGCACCCGAACUGCCAAGACAGCAGCGGGAGGCCCCGGCGGGAUAUCGGCACCAUCCUCCAGAUCCUCAACGACCUCCUGAGCGCCACGCGGCACUACCAGGGCAUGCCCCACUCCCUGACGCAGCUGCGGUGCCAGACCCAGUGCUCCUUGUCCUCGUCGCCGCCGCUCUCCCCGGAUCAUGCCAGCAACACUACCUCAGAGAAACUGGCAGCUGCUGCUAACCAGCCUUUUCAUUCUGGGGUCCCGUGUCCCAGCCAGGCGGGGAUCUGCAAGCCUUCUGGGGACCGCUUGCGGCAGACAGAGAACCGGGCCACCCGCUGCAAAGUGGAACGCUUGCAGCUCUUGAUGCAGCAGAAACGGUUGCGCCGAAAGGCCCGGCGGGAUGCCCGUGCGCCGUACCACUGGCUGCCGAACCGCAAGUCUACCCGAAGCCACAGCAACAGUAGCGUCUCUAGCGAAGGCAGUUUGGACCUAGACUUUGAAGACUCUGUCUGGAAGCCAGAAGUCAAGGCGGACAUGAAAUCUGAAUUUGUUGUAGCAUAAAAAAAAC